AUGCCUGUAAGGUUGGUGCCUCUGCCGGACGAAAAGGGCUUUGACCGAGGGCCUCAAAGUCCACCCGGGGGCUCAUUCCCUCGACAGUUGAGAUCGGCCUCCAAAAGGUACUUGCGCCGACUUGUCAUUGUCGCUGUCAGCCUGUUCUGUCUCCUGCAAGUCACUCAAUUGAGAAGGAUACGAGGGGAUCGAGUCGAGUCGGCGACCGCAGGACUCAAUGUGGUCUGGCCGAGCGACCACCACAAGGCGAGCUUUCUCCCGGUCGAGAAAGCGGCCGAGCUGUGUGCCACCCAGAACUUCACCGUCUUCCCCAGGCGGGACCGGCACCGCAAAGUGUAUGAUUUGUUUCUGAUCGGGACCGAGCUGGACUGGCUAGAGAUUCGCCUGAACGAGCUUCACCAGCAUGUGGACUAUUUUGUCAUUGUGGAAUCACCCCGGACAUUCACGAACCUGCCCAAGCCUUUGCACUUCAAAGCCAACUUUGAGCGAUUCGCACGCUUUGCUCACCAGAUCAUCUACCGGGUAGUCGACUUUGAUGGGAUGGAGGACAGCUCGACGUGGGAGCGUGAAGCCCACCAGCGGAACUCGCUGUUCGACGCCGUGUUCCCGAGUCUGAUUGGCGCUCAAGCACCUGCCUUGGGCGACGUGAUUCUGGUGUCGGACACGGACGAGAUACCACGCCCUUCCACCAUCACCUUGCUUCGCAAUUGCGAAUACCCCCAGCGCGUCACGCUGAGAAGUCGCUUCUUCUACUAUUCGUUCCAGUGGGAGCACGUGGACGGAGACUGGGGCCAUCCCCAAGCAACGUUCUACCAUGGCAGUGCGACCAUCCGUCCAGAAGAGCUCCGGAUGGGCGAGAGCGAUUGGGACAUUUCGAACUCGUCAUGGCAUUGCAGCAGCUGCUUCGAGACCGUGGAGCAGAUGGCGAACAAGAUCGGAUCCUUUUCUCACACCGAAUACGACCGGCCUGAAUUCAAGGAUCCGGCCGAAAUCGUCCGCCGCGUCCGCAAUGGCCUUGAUCUUUUCGAUCGCGAGAGUGAGCGGUAUGAGAAGGUCGACUCGCGAGCUGAUCUCCCGGCUUAUCUCAGGGCGAACGAGAACCGGUUUGCAUUUAUGAUUGAUCGCGAUCCCCUGAACGCCAACUUUAAAGACUAUCCGCCGUCCGCAAGGCCCUGA